UCAGUUAUCUAUUUUACUAUUUCUCCGACGGUACAGCGUUUCUUCCUUUCUUCUCUCUCUCUGGAUCCGAAAUCGGCAUUGUCUGAACCCUAAAUUUCUUGGGGCUUUUUCUUCGUAGAUCGCGAUAAUGGAGAUGGGGACCUCUUUCUAUUUUCUACCAUUCUGAAAGCCAUCAGGAAGAGGCUCAUGUGAGUUGCUUGCAAUUAGACAGCUUUGUAUUUGUUGCUUCGGUUGGAAUAUUGCACACUUUUUGGUUCAUUUGAUAUGAACAAAAUGGGUAAGUGGAAAGGUUGUGGAAAACUAGGACGACUGGUGCCAAGAGGUGGUUCUAUCACUUCUUACAAAUAUGCUCUUUUGUUGUCACCUGUUGUCUCUGUCUGGGAUUGCAUUGUCAGGAAAAUGAGGUAUUCCUACAGACCUGAGUGGGUGUAGUGUUUAGGAUAGUAAAAUUAUAGUAGAUUUAUAUAUAUAUAUAAAAAGUAAUCCACUGUAGAUUUUAUAGCAUCAUGAUGAAAGGAUGGAAAAACAAUUACGAGGAUAUAUAUACUAAUUACAACUAGUUCUUUGAAAAAGAGAUUGAAAAGUUUAGGUAGGUUAUGGCUAGUUUUGUGGCUAGUAUGGGUAAUAAAGGACAGCCUGUCGUGAAGAAAGCAAAAAAGAAGCAGGUGAAGGAUGAGUUGGAUCGUCAGAAACAAGCUGAGAAGAAAAAGAGGCGGUUAGAAAAAGCGCUUGCUACUUCAGCAGCUAUUAUAUCUGAACUUGAAAAGAAAAAACAAAUGAAGAAGGAAGAACAGCGAAGGCUAGAUGAAGAAGGUGCUGCUAUUGCUGAGGCUGUUGCUCUGCAUGUCCUGAUUGGUGAAGACUCAGAUGACUCGUACAAGAUUCUUCUAGAGAAUGACGGUCUCAACCCUUGGGAGUGCCCUGGGCAGUUUGACCACGUAAUGAGUGUUACAAGACCAGACAUUCCAGUGCAGGAGUUUGGGAGAUGUACCACCCUUGAUGGGACUGGUUGGACUUCUAACAUCGAUAGAUUUGGAUCAAUGUGGCAUGGUUUUGGGAGCGAUUAUUGGUCGGUCUCUGCUGGACAUUAUGCUGAGGAUCACCGUGCAUUAUGUUUCAAGCAAGUUGAUGGAGCUGUAAGUGAGAUUUCUGCUGGCAUUAUAGCGGCGCAGGCUGUCUCAUCACUUCAUAUUACGGUAGAUGGGGAUGAAGAAUUCAACGCCCUUAACAGAAAGCGAAGGGGUAUGUAAAAUUACUUCGCAUGUUUGAAAUUGUGGUAAUAUGGUGUUCUGGUACAUGCUCCCAUAAUUGUUUGCGUGUGGAAGAUUUGUCAUGUGUUUGAGGGAGUUCCAAGUUGUUCUUAUGGACCUUAAGCUCGCGAAUUCCACCUUCUUGAGUAAUGCGUUGGCGUGCUCCAAGGGCACGCUCGGCAGAAGUUGUUCUCAAAUGUGCAUUCCGGCCAAGCCGCUCACUGAGAUCAUCAAUCCUGUCUUUGUUGAAUUGUAUUUUGUAUGACUUUGUAUUAUAGAAAAAUGUUUUUGGCUUCAACGACUUAACUGGAUUGCCUUGUCUGCUUGGAAGGGGAUUGAAUGCUGAAAGUAGUUAUUGAUCCACGUAGAAUAAUAA